AUGAUGAUGAUGAUGAGGAAGCUAGUGGUUCUGGCCGCGACGUUACUAAUCAUGGCGGCGCGUCCCUCGGACGCGUUCCCGUCGACGGUUUACAUCGAGAACUGGAUGACGACGGACCGGGCGCUGUCUGCGCACUGUCGGUCCAGGGACAGCGACAUCGGAGAGCACGGCCUGCCUAUGGGCGCCCAUCUCGAGUGGAGUUUCGAGCUUGACAUGUUCGACCGGACGCUGUUCUGGUGCGACCUGGCGGCGGCCGGCGAGUGGCUUCGUUUCGACGCGUACAAAGGGAAGGACAGCCACAAGCUGGGUUCUUUUGCUCAUUACGUUGUCAAGGACGACGGGGUUUACUUGCUGGAUGGGGAGAACGAGCAACUGAAGGGGCAGUGGAACCACUGA